ACAGCCAACAUGGCAGCCAGUGGAAUACUCCCUACCACACAGCAGAGGUACAUGAAUGGUGUUCCAUUGCCCACGGCUCGCAAAACGCUCAGGAUGAAGGAAAAGUACGUUAUUUUACUGGUGUUUGUCACCUUUGGAUCUGUAUGUUUUGGAGCCUUUUUUUUCCUACCCGAUCUUAGGGAACGAGUAAACGUUAUUGAGAUGAGAAAACACAUGCAGAAUGUGGAUACGAUGAUAUUCCCUAAGCCUGGUGAGGGUAGUAAUGACUUGUCACCAGGGAAAGGGAAGAUCCUUCGUCAUGACAACAGUGGUGUGGAUACACAUAAAAUAGACGACAAAGAACGAUUACGUAAACAGAUGGAAAUACAAUGGGAGCAGGAGAAAAUGGCAGAGGCAGUAGCCAAGAGACUAAACAUGUCAAAGGAUGACACGAAGAAAGUACAGGGUGAGAUUCAGGGCGAAAAAGAGAAGAUGAUACAGAAAAAGAAAGAGGUAGAGGCGCAGCAGAAGGAAGAGGAGCAGGAGAAAUUGAAGGAGGUUCAGAAGGAUCAUGAGGGAGGCUUAGGAGCGCAGGGUGGAGAACCCAAAGAUGAGGAGACAGCGGAGAGGAGAGCAGAAAUCAGACGGAUGAUGCUCCAUGCCUGGAACAACUAUGAGAAGCAUUCCUGGGGUGCUAACGAACUCCGCCCAAUUACUAAACGAGGCCACAGUGCCAGUAUCUUUGGGACACUGAGUCUAGGAGCCACAAUUGUUGAUGCUGCUGAUACCCUGUACAUUAUGGGAUUACAGGACGAGUACAAGAAGGCUAGAGACUGGAUCGCUACUUCACUGUCAUUUGAAGGGGCGACUGAGCUGUCUGUAUUUGAGACCAACAUCAGAUUUGUGGGUGGACUACUGUCGCUGUAUGGGUUGACUGGGGACCAGAUAUACAAGACUAAAGCUAAGAACGUUGCUGACAAGCUGUUGCCUGCCUUUAAAACAGCAACAGGCAUACCUCAGUCUAUGGUCAAUACAAAAACGGGGAGCAGUCGCAAUUGGGGCUGGGCUUCUGGAGGCUGUUCCAUCCUCGCUGAGUUUGGAUCCUUCCAUCUUGAGUUCGCCUAUCUGUCUGAGAUCACUGGAGACAAGGUGUAUCUUGAAAAGGUAAUGAAGAUUCGAGAGACAUUGAAUUCUUUAGAAAAACCAAAUGGCCUCUAUCCUAAUUACCUGAACCCGCGGACGGGCCGCUGGGGUCAACAGCACACUUCUGUGGGGGCCCUUGGGGACAGUUUCUAUGAAUACCUGCUCAAGGCAUGGAUUCUAUCUGGGAAGAAGGACACCCAGGCACGUGAGAUGUACGACGCAGCAGUCAAGGCUAUAGAUGAGAAGCUCGUGAAGACAUCCCCUGGUGGUCUGCGCUAUUUGGCUGAGUUUAAGUCUGGCCGUAUAGAAAACAAGAUGGAUCACUUGGCAUGCUUCAGUGGGGGCAUGUUUGCCAUGGGAGCUGAGGGGUCUGAUAACAAGGAGAAAUAUCUGAAGCUGGGUGCUGAUAUCACCAACACCUGUCAUGAGUCGUAUGAUCGAUCAGCUACGAAGCUUGGUCCUGAAGCUUUUCGAUUUGAUGGUAACACAGAAGCCAAAUCAAUCCGCCAGAAUGAGAAGUACUACAUUUUGCGUCCAGAGGUCAUAGAGGCUUACUUCUACCUGUGGAGAGUCACCAAGGAGCAGAAGUACAGGGACUGGGCCUGGGAGGCUGCUCAGGCUUUGAACAAGCACUGCAGAGUUGAUGGUGGCUUUUCUGGCUUGCGGGAUGUGUACCAGGAAAAACCAUCACUGGAUGAUGUGCAGCAGAGCUUUUUCCUGGCUGAGACUCUGAAAUAUCUGUAUUUGAUCUUCUCCGAGGAUGACCUGAUACCCAUUGACAAGUGGGUGUUCAACACAGAAGCCCAUCCCUUCCCUGUAACGGCAUAGCAGUAGGGAACAGGUGUGACAUAUUGUAAAAGAUCAAGGUAUGACACAUGGCAUACCUGUACAGGUGUGACUUAAGCAUUACGUAUACAGGUGUCAUGAUGCAUCAGAUCAUAAUUGUAGUGUGAAAGUGCUAUUACAUGUAUAAACCAGGGUGAACUUGAGUCUGUUACCUGGUCAUGUAUCAGGGUGAACUUGAGUGUCUGUUAUCUGAUGAUGUACAAGGGUGAACUUGAGUGUCUGUUAUCUGGUGAUGUACAAGGGUGAACUUGAGUCUGUUAUCUGAUGAUGUACAAGGGUGAACUUUAGUGUCUGUUAUCUGGUGAUGUACAAGAGUGGACUUGAGUGUCUGCUAUCUGGUGAUGUACAAGGGUGAACUUGAGUCUGUUAUCUGGUCAUGUAUCAGGGUGAACUUGAGUGUCUGUUAUCUGGUGAUGUACAAGAGUGGACUUGAGUGUCUGCUAUCUGGUGAUGUACAAGGGUGAACUUGAGUCUACUAUCUGGUGAUGUACCAGGGUGAACUUGAGUCUGUUAUCUGGUGAUGUACAAGGGUGAACUUGAGUGUCUGUUACCUGGUGAUGUACAAGGGUGAACUUGAGUCUACUAUCUGGUGAUGUACCAGGGUGAACGUGAGUCUGUUAUCUGGUGAUGUAUCAGGGUGAACUUU